AUGUUACCAACCCGCCCUGAGGACUGCGACGAGUGUGUUCCUGCGUCUUUGAGGCACUCUGCUCACUUCGGAACCAAAGCUGCUCUCUCGACUACCCCGUUCAUCGCGACAUUUGCCUGUCUGACUUUCCUCGCUUACAGAAAGGUCUACCCUCUGUUAUCACCCAGUUCUCCAAGGCCGCAAGAUGGCGAGAAAGGCCUGCCCCGACCGGCGACAUCCCCUUCCGAACCCGCAACGCAGCAACUCGCCCGCCGCAUCGCCGCAACCACUUUCUCGUUCACGAUAGCGCUUUCCGCUGUGUUGACCGAACUGCUGCUGUGCGAAAUAUCGAAUUCAUUCAACCCCAUGGCCAGGAAUAUCGCGUUACAAAUCACAGUCGUGAGUCUGCUAGGCCUGCUUGUUGUGGCCAUUCCGCUGCUGGGAAUAUCAUCUGCCGUUUCAAAAUCUGGGUACGGGUUCCGAGGUCAAAGAAAGACUCGUGUCCGCCUGGCAUGGCUUCUCGAGUUGGUCGGCUACGGGGUAUUUUUGUGUGGCUUUUGGGCGAUUGGGACACUACUCCCUACUUCCCAGAAUGUUAAUGAGGGUAUCAGCCGCCAGGACAGUCUUUUCCAGGCCUGCUUGGACAGACUAGGUAUCACCGGCGUUUCCUUGAUGGCUCUGCUGUCUGGGUUUGCCUCUGUUAGUGCGAUUUGGCAGACCUUUGGACCCAAGGUACGGUUGGUUGCCGAGACAGAUAUCACCCGAAAACAAGCUGGACUGGAAGCGACAAUGGAUAUGAUAGCGGAGAAGAAAGGAAGGCUGAGAAUGCUGCAACGGAAGGGCACGGACACCCCCAGUGAAGGGUUUUGGGCUCGGACGCUGGGCUCGAUACGUGGGAACGCAGAAACCCAGGAGAAACAGACGCUCGAGAUGGAAAUGUCGGGCCUCGAGACUAUGGGAUCCUCUCUUGAAAGCUCGCUGACAAUAUUGCGGGCGCGGCGGGCCGAUCAACUACGGGCAUCGACAUCGUUGGGACGGAUAUCUUUAGCCUUCUCCUAUGUGUUUUCCUGCUACUGUGUCUAUCGCAUCUGCACCACCACGAUCAACAUUGGGCGUCGCAUACUAUCCACAAGGCCUGCAACAUCUUCUGACACGGAUCCUGUCACUACGACCAUCGCGCUCUUUGCACGGCAUGUCUAUCCUUCUUUGGAUCAGGCCUCGUGGGCGCACCAAAUCUCGUUCUUGCUUUCGGGAGCAAUGCUUCUUGCAUCAUUUUCGGCUGUCACGCAGACCUUUCACCUCUUUGCUCGAUUCAUGCCUACUGUGCUCCACGCAACGAAGACCAAUUUUGCCCUUCUGAUCAGUCAAAUAAGUGGAAUGUACGUCAUCAGUUCCGCGUUGAUGCUUAGGGGCAUGAUGCCCAAAGAGGUGGGCAGUGUGAUCAACAGCGCACUGGGAGCUGGACUGCUGGAGCCUGCUUGGGUGCAAAGGUGGUUCGACGGGUUCUUCAUGUUAGCCGUGGUGGUCACUGGGCUGGGUAUAUUUCUGGGAAGGCAAAUUUCUGGCGCUGGGGUUUGGGAGGAGGAUAUCAAUUAUGAUCCAGCCAUGGAAAUGUGCAAAGAGUCGUGA